CUCCCGCUUUCCAUUCGCCUCCAACACUAAACUCCCCUUUUCUCUUUCUCUCUCUAAAAAAAAUAACUCCAUUGUAGAGAGAGAGAGAGAGAGAAGAACAACAAAAAAUGCCUCCUGCUAUGAAGUUUCUCCUCUGCUUUGCCACCGUCCUCUGUUUUCUGACCUCUGCUCAGGCCAGAAUUCCCGGCGUCUACGCCGGAGGACCCUGGGAAACAGCCCACGCCACCUUCUACGGCGGAAGCGACGCCUCCGGCACCAUGGGCGGUGCUUGUGGGUACGGAAAUCUGUACAGCCAGGGUUACGGUGUGAACACGGCGGCGCUGAGCACGGCGCUGUUCAACAACGGGCUGAGCUGCGGAGCCUGCUUCGAAAUCAAGUGCGACGCGGCACAGGACUCCAAGUGGUGCAACCCGGGCAGCCCGUCCAUUCUGGUGACGGCCACCAAUUUCUGCCCGCCCAAUUUCGCGCUGCCCAACGACAAUGGCGGGUGGUGCAACCCACCCAGGACUCACUUCGAUCUCGCCAUGCCUAUGUUCCUCAAGAUUGCUCAGUACCGCGCCGGCAUCGUCCCCGUUAACUUCCGCCGGAUACCGUGCAGAAAACAAGGAGGGAUGAGGUUCACAAUAAACGGAUUCCGUUACUUCAACUUGGUAUUGGUAACCAACGUCGCGGGUGCAGGGGAUAUCGUGAGGGUGAGCAUCAAAGGUACAAACACACAGUGGAUAUCCAUGAGCCGUAACUGGGGGCAGAAUUGGCAAUCCAACGCAGUACUGGUGGGCCAGGCCCUGUCCUUUAGAGUCACAGCAGGUGACCGUCGCACAUCAACUUCAAUCAACGUGGCGCCACCUCAUUGGCAGUUCGGCCAGACCUUCACCGCCAAAAACUUCCGUGUCUAAAAACAUCAUUCACCAGUGACCCGACCCGACCCUACCCGCCCCUUCAAAUUCUCUCUUUUUACCCGGGAAGAAAUUUGAUGAGGAUUUAAAGUUAUAAAGUUUUAAAAAGUAAAGUAGGAAAUUACUAUAGGAUUAGAUCAACAAGUAUUAUUGGCUUGUGUGUGUGUGUUUCUUUUUUUUUUUACCACUUCGGUAAAAUGAGUUUGUUACUUUUUUACCUUUGUUUUGUGCUUAAAAGUGAAAAAAAAAAAAAAAAAAAAAAAAAGCAGCGGAGGGGGGAAAGUUGUGGGGGCUGAAGCGGCUGCAGAAAAAGGAAAGAAAUGUAGCCCGCAGCUUCUAAUUGUUGUAGUGUGUCAUGGACUCAUCAUAUAUAUAUUUAUUAUAUAAUGCUUCUACUACAUAUAUUUUAUAUAUAUUUGACAAUGUUUCACAUUUA